AUGUCGGUCAAGCAUUCCUCUGAGGGUGAGCUGCACAGAAAAAAGGAAGGCGAGAAGUUCGGUAUGCAGGCUGAGACUCGGGAUAUCUUCACUGGGGAUUCGUUGGACCCUGUAUACCAGGCCAAAGCCAGAAUUAUUAAUGAUGCAUUGCAGGAAAUUGGAAUGGGAAAGUACCAAUGGUACUUGUUCCUGGUGGCUGGUUUUGGCUGGCUAUCCGAUAAUCUUUGGCCGGUUGUUACUGGCUUAAUAUUGACACCAGUAGUAAAUGAGUUUAACGUAUUGGGUCCAUGGCUGAAACUUGCUCAAGACAUCGGCUUGCUGGUGGGAGCCGCAUUUUGGGGUGUUUCUUCAGACGUUUGGGGUCGGAGGUGGGCCUUCAACAUUACUUUGGGCAUGACCGGCCUCUUUGCUAUUGCGGCCGGGGGAUCGAUGAACUAUGUUGCGCUCUGUUCUCUGACUGCCGUGUGGUCCGUGGGUGUGGGCGGCAAUCUGCCCGUCGACUCUGCUGUCUUCUUAGAAUUUAUCCCUGCUUCUCACCAAUAUCUGUUGACGGUACUCUCCAUUUGGUGGGCCUUUGGUCAACUGUUGGGUAGUUUGGUUGCAUGGCCUCUUAUCGCGGAUUUCUCUUGUCCAACCACUAUCCCCCCCUCUCCCUGCCCAAGAUCCUCAAACGAAGGGUGGCGAUAUUUCUUGUUCACUAUGGGAGGGCUGAUGAUGCUUCUCUGGGUAAUCCGCUUUUUCGUUUUCAACCUGUACGAGAGUCCAAAAUACCUCAUGGCACGAGGUCGAGAUGAACAAGCUGUCGAGGUCGUACACAAAGUUGCAGCCUACAAUGGGAAAACAAGCAACCUCACCCUCGAAGACCUCCAGAGGGCCGGAAAAUUGGCUGACGCUGCCGUUCAUGAUGAUGUACUCAUGGACACGUCUGCUUUGGCUGCCGUGCGGAGGCAGAUGGGGAUAUUUAGCAGUAGUCAUGUUAAAUCGUUGUUUGCUACUCGGAAGAUGGCUUGGUCCACUACUAUUUUAAUCAUUCUUUGGGCCUUUAUUGGCCUCGCGUUUCCGCUGUACAACAGCUUCGUAACGUACUUCUUGGCCACCCGAGGGGCAAAUUUUGGCGACGGUUCCACAUAUAUCACGUAUCGCAACCAAGUCAUACUGAGUGUGAUAGGUGUUCCUGGAGCAUUGAUGGCAGGUUACUUUGUCGAGCUUCCAUACCUCGGUAGGCGAGGCACCUUGGCAAUAUUCACCGUGUUGACGGGUGUAUUCAUACUGGCAUCCACGACCGCGCGCACUUCCAAUGCGCUCCUCGCCUGGAACUGUGGUUAUAGCUACACGAGCAACGUUAUGUAUGGCGUCUUAUAUGCUCUUUCACCGGAAUUGUUUCCUACGAAAGAUCGUGGAACUGGGAAUGCGAUCGUAGCCACUGCAAACAGGAUAUUCGGUGUCAUGGCCCCGAUCAUCGCUCUGUAUGCAAACCUCACGACGUCCGCGCCAAUCUGGAUUUCAGGAGCUAUCUUCAUUGUAUCUGGUUUUAUUGCUCUCUUGCUUCCGUUUGAGCCCCGUGGUCAUGCAUCUUUGUAGCUGGGCGUCAUAUUUCUUUGAGUUUGCACGGGUGGACGGACGACUUCAUGGUUGUUUAGCUUGUGUGAGCAUAGAUAGCUUGAUAGUAUUGCAUCAUUGUCAAUAAACCUUGUAGACUAAACUGUGCAGAUACUAGGAGUGGGGCAAGUGCACGAUGCCCCCAGACGUAAUUUCCUUUCUACUGCUGGAAAGAUAAUCAAUUCUGAGCGUUCCCCACAAUGAGAUCUACGCCACAAAAUGACCAAGACUCUGGUGGUAUUUUUUGUUCGCCUGUAAGCGCUUGGUAAGGAGAGUGUCGACGACAGAGAUAAUAUCUCUACCAGCUGAGCUCCAUCGUCAUCGUAUGAGUCGAUAUAAGUGAGGGGGGGGGUAACUUACCUAACGUUGAUCUAGCGUCAAAUCGCA